AUCUUGCAUGUCCAAAAGAUUCUCGCGUGGUUGUUAGAACCAACCACCUCGCCUCACCAUCGCCAGGUUUUUCGGCUGCCAUGGAGCAUAAAGCCAGCCCGCCAUAAACCCCUCGCCGCCCGGUCACCACCACACAGAGUAGCGGCGGCGAGCGCUUGGUCGUGUUGGGUCGGGGGCUGCGAGAAUGGACGCGCAGGCCGCCGUGACCCGUGACGCCGUCGGCCUCGACGACCCGCUCGUCGCCCUCACCCUCGGAUCCAUCUACGCCGCCGCCCCGACCCCGCCGCCCAAGCCGUGGCGCCCCUCUCCUCCGACCCCUCCGCCUUCCCAGCCGGCGUCCGCCACCCGCCGCCGCCUCAACGACUCCGCCACCGGCCAGCGCCGCCGCGCGAGCAACGAGCCGCCAUCCGACGACGACGACGCCGCCGCGGACGGGCUGCCGCCGCCGUUCCCGUGGGCCACGGAGCGGCCCGCGCGGCACGACCCCCUGGACAGCCUGCUGCGCCGGGGCGUCACGUCCGUCGAGGGCGAGACCCGGUGCAGGCGCUGCAACCGCACGUCGACCGUGGCGUACGAGCUGGCGCCCAAGUUCCAGGAGGUGCGCCAGUUCGUCGUCGCCAACCGGCACUCGUUCGACGACCGCGCCCCGGACGCGUGGAUGAACCCGGUGCUGCUCGACUGCGCUGCGUGCGGGGAGAAGCGCUGCGUGUGGCCGGUGAUCGCCGCCGACAAGGGCGAGAUCAACUGGCUGUUCCUCCUGCUGGGCCAGAUGCUGGGCUGCUGCACGCUGGAGCAGCUCAAGUACUUCUGCAAGAACACCGGCCGCCACCGGACCGGCGCCAAGAACCGGGUCCUCUACUACGCCUUCCUGGAGAUGUGCAGGCAGCUCGAGCCGCGCGGGCCGUUCGAUGACACCGUCGCCGACGGUAACGGGUUCCUGCACUCCUGAUCUACCGGCCCCUGCGCGCAGAUGGAUUUUUUAUGUCAUGUGGUGUGUCGUGUUGUGUGUCGAUCUGGUAAUUUCUAGGGAUGACGAGGAAAGAACAACUUCUCUAUAUUUAAUCUAGUUAUAUGUUAUUGGAUCGUUAUGAUUAUUAUUUAUCAUGAGUUUUGCUGAAAAUGAUUAAUCAUGUUCUUGCACUCAACAUGUACUAAUACAUUACUACAUUAUCUGUAGUGUCUUCAUGCAAGUGACUCUAUU